ACCAUGUGCUGCUGUGGGAACGACGACUGCGCAUUCCAGCAGCAAAACAACGACGCCUUUGCUUCAUUGGACGAGAAUCUGCGCAAAGCCGGGCGGCUGGGCAAGGCACUCUUAGUCCGCCAUGAAGCCUACGUGGCCGAGGCUGAGGAGCAAAAGGCUCGUAUGGAUAUUGAGAUCACCCGUAUGAUCGAGGAAAAGAAGGAACUCGAAGUCAACAACUCUACCCUGAUCGAAGAGAAUCGCAACCUACUUGAUCAACUCGAAGGCCUCAACAAUGUUGCCGUCGAGUCGGACGCCCACACUCAGUCACUCACCGCAACACUACAACAAACUCAAGCCGAACUACAUCGACUAAACACACUUGCCGCCCGCACCGAAAGACUCGAACGAGAAGUCGAGGAAUAUGAACAGGAACAGGCCAUUCUCCACGCAUCCCUCUCCUACAAGACAGAGUCUGAAAAGUCAGCGACUCUGCGAUGGCAGGAGGCAGAAAGGAAGCUGGCUGCCAUGGAGAACCAACUAGAAAGGAUCGAGCGUGAAGCCAGAGACGACAAGGAAAGACAUGUCGAGAUUGUUGGGCGCAUGGAAAGGCAACGAGUGGUCGAGAAGGAACUGGAGACUGCGGCUGGCCGACUCAAGGGUGCUGCAGCUGCCAAGACAGCAAAGCAUGGUAGCACCGUCGUCUCGCACUUCGUCAAGGAUAUCCUUCAGGACAAUGUCAAUCUGCAAGCUGGAAUCGCCGAGCUGCGUGAAAUGCUCGACAACUCAAACGAACAGGUCGAGGUUCUGAGAGAUCAGCUCGCCCAGUACACACCUACAGAAAUGGCUUCCGACGUCGAACCAACCACACCGUCGACACGUCCGUCCAACUUGGAAAAGGAAAUCAACCGGGCUAGUCUGCAGCAGGAAGUUCAUGUCCAUCACCACUACCACGCCCCUGCCGAACACUCAAGGAAACCAAGCGUGACGCUACGCCGACCCAAGAAGAAGCGUAUCUCGACUUAUACAAGGCCAACAAUCAUGGACGAGAGCAUUUACUCACGCCCUCGGCAUCGCCGGGCUGCUUCGCAUGAAUCGCUAAUAUCCGUGUCUGGCAUGGAUAUUCACACCCUCCAAUCUCGUCCGUCACAGCUGUUGACAGCACAGAGUUCGAGAUCUUUCUCAUCACAAGCCUCGGUCACAGCCACCCUCUCCUUGGCGCAUGCUGCUAGACCUGCAUUAACUACGCCGCCAAAGGGUCUUGGCCAAAGAGUAGGCGGAUGGGUGUUUGGCAAGUGGGGAUCUACCCCGACGCCUACAGUCACCGUGUCUGCACCGAUGGACCACAUCAGAGUUGACAAGAAGCGCUUGUCCAUGACAGCUAGUAAGCUACGACCACCAGGCAUCAACCAAGCCGGGCCCAUCUUCGGAUUCGGGCCAGAGCCACAACUUCCUCGCGAACCAGUCCUCAAGACACUGAACGAGGAGGAACUG